AUGGGGUAUGUCACAGGACAAGAUGCUCCUGUCGGACGCUUCUGGCUGGGUGUUGGUGUUGCUAUGACAGGAGUUUGGUGCAGUGCUGGUGUUGGAUCUGCUGGCGGAAGCCCGCUCGGUGACUUCCUGGCACUGCUCGGGGGAUUGUUCUGUGCCAUUUACUUGACGAUUGGACGAGAAAUGAGACAGCGAGUGAGCAUCGGCUGCUACGGCACUCGGCUGUGUAGCUCCUGUGCAACAUGGCUUGCCCUGGUUGCCUUCCUCACAGGAACGCCACUUUGGCCAACUUGCGCGCGCCAGUGGCUUGCUGUCUGCGCCCUUGCUGCCGGACCACAGCUGACAGGGCACAUUGGCUUCAACUAUGCCCUCCGGUACUUGCCUGCUGCAACAGUUGCAGCUGCUGGGCUUUUAGAGCCGUUUGGCGCCACGAUGCUUGCCGCCCUGCUACUUGGAGAGGUGCCUGCGGCUCACCAGCUUCUCGGAGCACUUUUAGUGGUCGCUGGUCUGGCUGUGGUUUGA